GCUAUCGCGAUUGGCCGUCGCGUGCUCUAUGUCUCGCGUUCUAAAUUUAAAAGUCACGAUAACUUAAGUAACAAUGAUUAAUCGUUCGAAGUAACUUGAGUUAACGGGACUAUAAAUAAAUAAUGGCGGUAUUGUUACCACAUCUUCAAGAAGUGACAAACACGGAUACAUUCUGGAUCAAAAUUGAGGCAUCCCCGAAGAGCCUAAGGUCAUUAUGAAAAUUAAACAUUACCCAGGAAAAGCGGUCAUGGAGGACCCCUGGCUUUCCAUCGAUGACAGGACUAUGGACCUCGUCUAUGCCGCUAAUUGGGUUGGAGCGAAAAAUCUCAACAGUUACAAAAAUGAUACUCAAUCAUCCAAAUCUAAAUUUAACUCUGUGUCGAGAAGUAAAUCGUGCAAAGACGUCGGUCGUAGUGUUGAAGACGAAGACAGUCAUAAUGGUUACCUAGAAAACCACAACAAUAACAGCUUCUCCAGUACUAAUCUAUCGCCACUAGCAAAAUAUCAGCAGGACAUCGAGAAAAAGACUAAAGAAAAUGAUCUGUUACUACAAAAUAAAUUAAAACAUAGCUUUAGUUUUAAAGACAUGCCAAACGGCUACAAGCCAUCGACGCUGAGAAGAGUAAAGCGAAGGAACUUCACGGAAUGGGACAUUGAUUACUUUAACUCAGAAGAUGCUCAACCUACCGUAUCCGCUUUUAGAAAAGAUUCUAUUAAGUAUGCACAUAGGCAAAGAAAAGUAGAUUCGAAAAAGAAUAUUCCUCUUCCUGACCCCGGUGCAGCUCCGGUAGAUCCAUCGUCAGAAUCUUAUUAUGAAUAUUACGCUAGAGUAAGCCAGCAAAAUAAUGAUACUGAUAGUGAUAAAAUAAAAAAUUUAAGCAAAGACCAAUCACAAAAAGAGAGACAUAAAAAUGGCACAGUACGUGGUUUCGGUAACGGAACCAUGUAUCAAUUAAUAAACACAAUGGCUACGCUAGAUCUAGCAUCAAUAAAAUCGCGGCCUGCAAAGCCAAACCCUGACAUGGAUUCUGAAGCGGAAGAUUUGGGUCUAUACAUGCAUCCGAUCAACGAAACAUCACGCGAUCGGCUUCCUGAGCAUGUAAAGCAAUCAGAAAUGUUGCCGAAUCAUGUGCAAAAUGGACGCAUAGAAAACAAGUCUAGAUUUAAUUCCAAAUCGUUACGUGUCAAAAGUGAAGGUAGAGCACCGCUGAGAGAUUAUCUCGAUCCGCCUCAGUACGACAACCCAUACAAUGGUGUCACAGUCACUCAACCAAAAAGAAAUCUCUCACCUAGUGAGCAACUCACGUUGAUGCAAUACGACAUGUCACGGGGCAAUCUACCUCCUCCAGUAAAUUCAAAUGGAACUAAUUUGAGUGUAAGAGCAGACAGUGAAUAUCGGACUGCCAAUAGUGUCUUUAAACAUUUAAAACCUAAUAGCCACGACAAGUUGUAUAAUACUGUUAGGGUAAAAAGUGAUACGGUUAGAGUAAAAAGUGACGAUAGAAAUCGUUACAACGAUAGUUUAGCGUUUCGUAAUGGAUCUCCAAAAAAUGGUGUGAGUGAUGUAGUAAAUGUGUUCUCUCGGAGUGCAAAAAGUUCGUCUAGCGGAUCCGACUCGGACUUUUCGAUACCUAGGCCGAAACUAAUUGUGCCGGUGCAUACAUACGGAAUGAGAAAACGAAAAACGGGAAACCUUUGUCAGCGUGAAAGUAACGCAAACGAAUCAACUCUAGAUGCUGGUGUGUUACUCGACGUUACGCGUCUCGAAGAUGAUAAAAAAUCACCAAACCCAGAGGGCCGAGUUGAGGUGUCCCGGGAGAACAAAUACCUCAGCACGAUGGCGCCAGGCAAGGUGUUCGGUGAGCUGGCCAUCCUCUACAACUGCAAGAGAACAGCCACCAUUAAGGCGGCGACCGACUGCAGACUGUGGGCGAUAGAGAGACAGUGCUUCCAGACCAUCAUGAUGAGGACAGGGCUGAUACGGCAGGCGGAGUACACGGACUUCCUUAAGAGUGUACCAAUCUUCAAGAACCUUCCAGAAGACACCCUGAUCAAGAUCUCGGAUGUGUUGGAGGAGACGCACUACCAGAUGGGAGACUAUAUUGUGCGACAGGGAGCCAGGGGUGAUACCUUCUUCAUCAUCUCCAAGGGACAGGUCAAAGUUACCCAAAAACCUCCGAACAGCAACGAUGAGAAGUUCAUCAGAACUCUUCAGAAGGGAGACUUCUUCGGCGAAAAGGCUCUACAAGGGGAUGACCUUCGGACGGCAAACAUCAUCUGCGACUCCCCCGAGGGUACCACCUGCCUGGUGAUAGACCGGGAGACCUUCAACCAGCUCAUCUCCACCCUGGACGAAAUCCGCACCAAGUACAAGGACGAGGGCGACGAUAGACAGAGGCUAAACGAGGAGUUCGCGAACCUCCGUCUCUCUGACCUUCGCAUCAUAGCCACCUUGGGUAUUGGCGGCUUCGGCCGAGUGGAGCUCGUCCAGAUCCAGGGUGACUCCAGCCGGUCAUUCGCCCUGAAACAGAUGAAGAAGGCCCAGAUCGUGGAGACCAGGCAGCAGCAGCACAUCAUGUCGGAGAAGGAGAUUAUGUCAGAGAUGAACUGUGAAUUCAUAGUGAAGUUGUACAAGACGUUCAAGGAUCGGAAAUAUCUCUACAUGCUGAUGGAGACCUGCCUUGGUGGAGAGCUGUGGACUAUUUUGAGAGAUAAAGGCCAAUUCGAUGACAGCACUACAAGGUUUUACACAGCAUGCGUCGUCGAAGCUUUCCAUUACUUACAUUCUAGAAACAUUAUUUAUCGCGAUCUCAAACCGGAGAACCUACUGCUUGACUCGAAAGGCUACGUGAAGCUAGUGGACUUCGGUUUCUCGAAGAAGCUGCAGGCGUCGCGCAAGACGUGGACCUUCUGCGGCACGCCCGAGUACGUCGCGCCGGAGGUCAUCAUGAACCGCGGACACGACAUCAGCGCCGACUACUGGUCGCUAGGUGUACUAAUGUUCGAGUUACUCACGGGUUCACCUCCAUUCACGGGCGCGGACCCCAUGAAGACGUACAACAAGAUCCUCAAGGGUAUAGACGCCGUGGAGUUCCCGCGCUGCAUCACACGCAACGCCGCCAACCUCAUCAAGAAGCUGUGCCGCGACAACCCGGCCGAGCGGCUCGGGUACCAGAGAGGAGGGAUCACGGAGAUACAGAAGCACAAAUGGUUCGACGGCUUCAACUGGGAGGGCCUGGCGCAGCGCACGCUGGAGCCGCCCAUCAUGCCGACCGUCAAGUCCGCCAUCGACACGCACAACUUCGACCAGUACCCGCCCGACGCCGACGAGCCGCCGCCCGACGACCUGUCAGGCUGGGACGCCACGUUCUAAGCCUGACGGUUCAUGCCACACGGAAUUUAUGUCAAUGCAGCUCUGGAUUUAUGUAUAGACAGUAUAUGCCGAUAGACCAUCCCAUGCCAUUCAUUAGGAGAGCUCUGGAUUUAUGUAUAGGCAGUAUAUAGGCUAUGGGCGGCAGCGUCCUAUGGCGUCAUGGGGGGAGCGGCAGAGUUCGUUCGUACAUAUUAUGGGCGGCAAAAUUGAAAUGGCCUAUACU